GAACUCGCAUUACUAGCAGCAGCAGCAGCAGCAGCAGCAGGAACAUCAAUAGAAACAGCAGCAGCAGCAGCAGCAACAGAAGCAGCAGCAGAAACAACAAGGAAAUUAACAGCAACGAAAACUACAGCAAACGCAGCAGCAGCAGCAGCAGCAGCAACAGCAGCAGUAGCAGCAGCUGGAAGUCUCUACCAAAUGGAGAGACAGAAACUGGGCUGUGUCCAUGGGAGCAGCAGCAGCAGCAGCAGCAGCAGCAGCUACAGCAGCAGCAGCGGCUGCAGCACCAGCUACUGCAGCAGCAGCAGCUGCAGCAACAGCUGCAUCAGCAGCAGCAGCAGCAGCAACAGCAUAGCGACAGCAACCCAAGCUUGUCUAUGUCACAACCACUCAUAGUGCGACGGUCCCAGGGGUUCUUAGAGCAGCAGCAGCAGCAGCAGCAGCAGCAGCAGCAGCAGCAACAGCUGCUGCUGCUGCAGCAGCGAGAGCGCUCAGGAGCCAGCUUCUCCACCCGCACGAGCACCAAAUCCAGCACCUGCAGCAGCAACGCUGUAGCUGAAACAGCAGAAGCUUGGCUGCUGCAGCAGCAGCAACGAAUGCUGUCGCAGCAGCAGCUGCAGCAGCAGUUGCAGCAGCAGCAGCAACAGCAACUGCAGCAGCUACAGAGCCAGCAGCUAUGGACCCAGCCUCAAAGCCCAGCAGCAGCAGGAGUUACUCCCUCAUGGAUCGAAUACGCGAAGCAGCAGCAGCAGCAGCAGCAGCAGCAACAGCAGCAGCAGCAGCAGCAGCAGCAGCAGCAGCGCAGGCAUACUCUGCAGCAGCCAUUUGGCAACAGUACGCCGCUCUUGGGUUGCAGUUCUCCGUAUACUCAGCAGCAGCUGCAGCAGCAGCAGCAGCAGCAGCAGCAGCAGCAGCAGCAACAGCAGCAGCAACAAGGCCUCCCCUUUCGAAGCCUUCACGGGGGCACUGCAUUGAGGCAUCCGCGGGAUUUGCUACUGCAGCAGCAACAGCAGCAGCAGCAGCAGCAGCAGCAGCAGCAGCAGCAGCGCGGAGCUCAUGAAGAAGCUUCUCCUUGGCUAUCGUCUCCUGUCGGUCUGCCCCCUCUCCGCCGCCCCUCUCUCCUCCCCCUCUCUCAUGGGGGCCCCCCCCUCGGCGCUGCACUGGGGGGCCCCCCUGGGGGCCCCCCAGGGGGCCCCCAUCGGGGUUUUUCUGUGGGCCGCUCUGAGGGCCUGUCCGGGGGGGGCCCCCCGCUGCACAUGGUAGUGUUAACCUGCAUGCACCUUUGGGGCCCUGCUUUGAGAGCUCGGGGGGGGCCCCAUGGGGGCCCCCCACGGGGGCCCCUCGGGGGGCCCCCCGCUGCACAUGGUAGUGUUAACCUGCAUGCACCUUUGGGGCCCUGCUUUGAGAGCUCUCCCCCUUUUGCUGCUGCAGUUGGGGUUGGGGGCCCCUCUUGGGUGUUUCCUGCUUCUGCUGCUGUGGUGAAGGAGACGCAGCUGAGGCCCUCGCCCGUCAGCAGCAGCAGCAGCAGCAGCAGCAGCAACAGCAACAACUGCAGCAGCAGCAAAAUACCAUUUGAAGCGUUUGCUGCAGCAACAAGGUUCACAGGGGGCCCCCCAGACAGUACCCUAAUGCCCAGCGCACCCGCGAGGGCCUAUGGGGGGGGCCCCCCAUUCCGACAGCUGAGGCCCUCGCCCGUCAGCAGCAGCAGCAGCAGCAGCAGCAGCAGCAACAACUGCAGCAGCAGCAAAAUACCAUUUGAAGCGUUUGCUGCAGCAACAAGGUUCACAGGGGGGCCCCCAGACAGUACCCUAAUGCCCAGCGCACCCGCGAGGGCCUAUGGGGGGGGCCCCCCAUUCCGCUACCCCUCAGCAGACUACCAGCAGCAGCAGCAGCAGCAGCAGCAGCAGAUGCUGCUGCUGCGCUCGUGGGGUACUGCUCAUAGACGCAGUGCAUCGUUUACAUCUCCAGCGGUGCCUGAGAGAGAAGAAGAAACAGCAGCAGCAGCAGCAGCAGCAGCAGCAGCAGCAGCAGCACAACAUGGUGCAGCAGCAAGAAGUUUUAGCCCGCUGAUGCCGAGACAGCUGCUGAACCCUCUCCCCUUCUGCAGCAGCAGCAGCAGCAGCAGCAACCCAGCAGCAGCAGCAGCAGCAGCAGCAGCAGCAGCAAGAUCCUCUGGGGUCCGGGAGCAGCAGCACCUGCUGCUCCUGCAGCAAUGGCAGCAGCAGCACAAAACAAAUCUACAAACAAAUGAAGCUGCAGCAGCAGCAGCAGCAGAUGCAGCAGCAGAUGCAGCAGCAGAUGCAGCAGCAGCUGCAGCAGCAGCUGCAGCUGCUGCUGGAGCAGAACAGGUGCACCAGCAGCAUCUGCAGCAGCAGAUGCUGCAGCAGGAGGCGUAG